AUGUCAGCCUCCGUACCGGACUCUCUGCGUGACCUCGACCACGCUGUCCGUCAGCUGCUUCGUCAACAAGCCGAUAUUCACACGACGUUUGACGCUUCGAUGGCCGUCCAACAGAAAUUGACGCUACCCAGGAGCUUGAAAUGCUACGCUACAAGCAGAGUGUUCUUCAGCAGCUUGUCGAUCGUCAGGAGCUGGAUCCCCUGGAACCUUUGCGUCAAUACUCAGCAGACGCCCCGGCAGGAUUCGCCACUUGGCUUGACCACCAUGCUCGACAUUACGACCACGCCUUGCAUGGCGUCAUUCGACGCCGAGCACGUUGCCACACCCCUCAUCAUGAAUCUCGCCGAGAAGCAACGAGACGACCAUGCGCAGGUGCACACGUCGCUUCCAAAGCGAGACCCUGAUGUCUUCAUCGCGGGCUCACCUCCUAUGUCCAGCUCGAAGCCGCCGUCGUGGCAGGUUGAAGCUGGGGCCAGAGGCAUUACCCCCCCGAGGGAUGCCUGGCGUUGCACGGCUGGUGGCCAGCAUGGCCAGGGAUCUGCCACGGUAAACUGCAGCAAAUGCCCGCAUCCUGACUGCGACCGCAUCGUCAAGGACCUUGCCUCACACUUGGUCACGCACAAAGAGGUGCGUCCAGAGAAAUGCCCGAUCGCCUCGUGCCGAUAUCACACAAAGGGCUUCGCACGCAAGUACGUCAAGAACCGCCAUGCCCUCACGCACUACCGCGGCACCAUGGUGUGCCCAUUUUGUCCUGGCCCUGGAAAUCCUUGUGAGAAGGAAUUCAUGCGCGCCGACGUCUUCGAGCGGCAUCUCGCCAACUCUCACAAUGUGGAGCUGAUGCCGCCAAACAGCCGCGGUUUCGGCAGGUUGGCCAACCUGCUACCGGAGGCCGCCAACAAGGAACAAAACCAUGAGGGGUGCGGCUUGGAAGAGACAAGCCAAGAAGCGCAAUGCUCCAUUUGCCGGGUGCCAUUCGCCGCGGCUCAAGAAUUUUACGAGCACCUGGACGAGUGUGUGCUGAGCGUUAUUAUGCCACCUGUCACGGCCGCCACAGCAACGGUUUCUCUUUGGCAAUCAUAG